GGAACUCACUGAGUUGAUUGUGUUUCAGUGGGAGCUGCAGUCAGGUGGGACAGACCCGUGAGUUGUGAUUGAGCAGAGUUGACUUCUGUCUCCUGAGGCUGACGGGACACACAUCAGAACAUGAGCGUGUUGCGGAGCUGCGUUUUUCACGGAGUCACUCGUCCGUUUUAUUGGAGACAUCGAGAAACCACUAAAGAGCUGGUGUCUGGGUUUGCAGCCGCUCUGCUGUGUGGACUCAGGAGCAAAUCAAGUCUUCCAGAUGUCAGGGAGCGGACCCUCAUCGCUGUGAAGCCUGAUGGAGUCCACCGACGUCUUGUAGGACAAAUAAUUCAGCGGUUUGAGCAGCGGGGUUUCAAGCUGGUCGGUCUGAAGAUGUUACAGGUGUCUGAUGAUCUCCUGGCUCAGCACUACUGUCAUCUGAGGACAAAGCCCUUCUACCCCAAUCUGCAAGAAUACAUGACCUUAGGGCCCGUGGUCGCCAUGGUGUGGGAAGGGCACAAUGUUGUCCAGACCUCACGCACCAUGGUGGGACACACUAACCCAGCUGAGGCCCAGUCCGGCACAGUCAGAGGAGAUUUCAGCAUUCAUGUCAGCAGGAACGUGGUCCAUGCCAGUGAUUCCCGGGAGGGGGCUGAGCGGGAGAUCCAGCUGUGGUUUCAGGGUAAAGAGCUCCUGAACUGGGACAGCUGUGACCAGACCAUCACCUGCGAGCCGUGAAGACACAGUUGAAUGCAGUGAGAUUCAGUCUUGUUACCUCUUCUCCUGCUGCUCGGAAAACAAUUCAGUGUUCCUGCCCAAAAAAAUAAAUGCACUAACUCUAAA